AUGUCAGAACCCCCUCCCACACCGCCAGGACUUCUUCAUGAUUCGUCUUUGCCUCAAUCUCCUCUAACUGUUGCUAUCGAUGAUGGAACGGAAUCUUCCGGACCACCUUCUUCGAUCAAUCUGAAGGAGACCAACAUGUUCCAAGUGGCUCCCAUAAGCCAGGUGGAUCCACGAAGUCUCGAGUACUUGGCGAACAGGUUGAGGAAUCAGAUGCCGUCUGGAUCUGGUCAGGCCGAGGGACAAGCAGCUCCUUUCAAGAUGGACGAUGUUGCUGUGACCGUUCGGAGUAUUCUGGUAGAUAGUCAAGCUGAGGACCUUCACAAUUUCAUGAAUGCAAUGGUUGUUGGUCCACAGAGAACUUCCGAACCUGGCACAUCGAGCCAAGCAAAUGGCUCUUCGGACAUGCUGACGCUUCUUGGAAAGUUUCUCCCCAUCCCUGGACCUUCGGAACCAUACAAGGCAUUAGCUACACCGCCCAUUCAGCCAAUAGCUUCAAAAAGACCUUCUGACGUUUCCAAUCCAUCUACCUCUACCCUAGCCAAAAGGGACCAACCAGGAUCAUCCAACCAAGCAAGUCGGCAACCGGAUCUUCCCGGACCGUCUAGUCAGCUUCAAACAGCUCUGAGCAGAUCUUCCGAUCCAUCUGCCUCUACCCUAGCCGAAAUGGAUCAACCAGAACUAACAACUGCUGAGAUAUCUGCUUCAUCCCAGCCACCCAAUGCCUCCACUGAUGGAUCAGAGUCACCCCCGAAGAUUCGGGACAAGAAGGAUGUCUCCAGAACAUCCGAGAGGCCGAAAGCUCAACGAUCCACCAAGAAACGAAGCUCUCCUGGACAAUCGUCCUCAGACAAGCUUGGUUCAACAGUGAAGCAGAGCCUCACCUCUGAACCAUCUCAGCCAGCAUCCGGACCAUCCGGAAUAUCACUCAACGAAUUCAAACGCUGCUACCCUAUCACCAUUAAAGUCCCUCGUCGAAAUCUGAAGCAAAAAAUUGAAGAAGUCGGAACAUCGAAGCAGCUGGAAGAGCAAGAGGAGCAGGGCUCGAAACCAAAGAAGCAAAAGAAGGCCAUGGUCGAGACAGAGUACAUGGUCUGGACGAAGGACAAGGAAAAAAGAAGAGGUUCCACAAAGCAAAUAAAGAGGCCGAUUGAUGAAUUUCACUAUAAAUUCCCUGAUGGCUUUGUGAAGAAUGUCAAAUUCUUCAAGGGGGUUCCUAUGGGCGAAAAACGGGAUCUAAGUGGCUACUCUGUCGAGAAGCUCUUCGAGGAAUGGUCCAGAAGUGAGAUUCAAGAUUCUGAAAAAGCAGGAGACACGCAAGGAACUUCUGGAGCCAACGAUUCGGAUCAGAAGGUAUUUCAGAUGUCCCAACUCAAUGAAACCGUCAAACGGGCGAUUUCCAACCAAGGCAGACACAGUUCAAAAGAGCGUUGGGAGCCAGUUGCCGAAUUGGUCAAAAAAGACUACCCCAUUCAUCUGCCCCUCGAAAACGGAGAAAAUCUGGUGGAUUUUGUCGCCAAGAACGGGUCAAUGCCUCUUCUGACUCUUUUGCUUGACAGAGGAGCAUUUCCUACCACCCAACUCUCCACCCCGAUCGAAAGUAUCGUUGAGGAACAUGUGGAUCAAGUGGCAAUAGCCAUCGAGAAGGCGAUCCCAGACGUAUAUCCACAUUUGAAAAUUGGAAACGAACCGGAGGAUUUGAAAGCUAUGCUAAAAUCGUUUGCUUCCAUUCCAGUUGGAACGAUAGGACACGUCCAGAAAGAGGUGGACGUUCAGCUGAGGGAAGGACAGAAGUUUGGCUUGAUGGUGGCCCCAAUGGUAAUCAAAGAAAUGGGUUUCGAGUCCACCGAAGACACCGAACUCGAGCUGGCAUUCAAUGGGGAACGUCUUCAACCGAAAUUUGCCGCUUUCUUCGAAGCCACGCCCCUUCAAGGUCCAAAUCGUCUCGAAUUGGAACUCCCAAGGGCUUCCGGAAACUUCCUUAUCGUGGUCCCUGUUUGGUUCACAGAAAACGUCUAA